GCGAAUUCGCAUCGUUGGAGUGCUAUUAUAUUCCUAGCUUUUGUAUGAUAGAAAAAGUUUUUGCUUGUACUGUGCUGGAUGCUACGAUAUUUGACAAAUUAAUACGACAUUUCGUGUAAGUGCCAAUCUGAACAUAUAGACGAACAAUGUAUUGAAUAGCAACUAUUGUUUGAUUUUCUGUAAUAUUGUGCUUUGUUCGUAUCGUCGAACACCGUGACUAAAAUACCACGGAUUUUGCAGACAGGUACUUCGGUGCAGUAAUUGUGGAAAGGGAAAUGUUUUAUGCUCAAUGAUAGCUGGAAUUAUGUGCUACCUCGCUUAAACUUUAUUUUUGUUUAAACAACGCACAAUUAUUAGUGAGAUUUCUGUUUUUGUGGACGCAAUCAGUUGUGCCAUUAUUUCACACAUUACAUUAGGCCACAGUAAAUUCAACGUUACUAGCUGAAACAUAGUUAUUUUAAUAUGAAGUUGAAUGAACAUAUUUGGGAAUGACUCUCAUUUAUGAGCCACAUUCAUCGGCAACUUAAACUGCCUCCUUACCAGAAAAAGAAAAAUCACCAUGCACACUGUUUCGAAGGUCAGUUCGCUCGUACAUUGAAAAUGUCAUCCAGCCUGGAAUAUCCGGAUCUGCCCGAAGGGGUGCAGCCAUUGGAGAAUCAAGUAGCGGGACACGCUUUUCAGCAGGGAACUGAUAAUAUAGGACUAUUAAAAAAUGCAUCCGACGGUUCCGUUUUGAAACCAGCUGGAAAAUUGCUGUGUGGAACUCGUGAAAUUAAAUUCUACGAGGAAGUCCAAGCUGCUACCAAAGAAACGGAUUUGGUUACACUGAAAGGAAUAAUUCCCCAGUAUAUGGGACACUUAAAUUUCCCUGUAGAUGGGAAACCUGUGCAAUUUCUAAAACUAUCGGAUUUGACCUAUGGUAUGCUGGAACCUUGCAUAAUGGACGUUAAAAUCGGAAGCCAAACUUGGGAUCCCUUGGCAAAUGAAGAGAAGCGAAAGUCAGAAGAAUCGAAGUAUCAAGCCUGCAAGAAACACUUGGGACUAUGCAUACCUGGUUUUCAGGUCUAUUCAAUUGCGAAUGGUCGCGUUAUGCGAUAUGGCAAGGAGUAUGGGAAAAAACUGACGGCAGUUACUGUUAAAGAUGCAUUCCGUAAGUUCCUAAAUGCUGAAAGUGGCUUAUGUCGGCAGUUAUUGAUUCAGUUUUUGUCGGAUCUUUGGACUAUUCAGAAAUGGGCCCGGAUGCAAACUACUUUCCGGCUAUACGCCAGUUCCGUCCUGCUAGUAUAUGACGCGCGUCGUCUUAAACCGAUGCUGCAACAUCAAUCCAAAAGUCUGAAUAGUAUUAAUAGCAAACCAAGCGCUAGCAAUUCGUGCCCUAGUAGUCCCACCGAAGCAAACAGCUGUACGAAUAGUCCCCGUGCAGGCUCUAGCUCUCCCUUGCAAACUUCACCCACUGGUACGGACUCCGGGGUGGAACCGUUGCAACAAUACUUCAAAAUACAGAGGAGUCAUUCGGCUAUGCACAACUAUGAAGAGGAAAUGAAGGCUAUGCGCGACAACUAUAUUCUAAUGAGAGAUAAUCUAGUCGGUUCGUACGAUAACAAAGUAUGGGCCAGUGCUCGUAUGAUUGACUUUGCACAUGUGUUCCCAGCCGAAGAAGAUACUGUUGAUAACAACUACUUGCAGGGCAUCGACAGUUUGGUUAAAAUUUUUGAAUGUUUUUUGAGAGAAUGUGAAGCAGAGAAUGCUCCCAAACUGGGUGUACCAUAGAUAUGCACAUUUAUAAAAAAGAGGCAUCAUGAUUUAAAAUCUAUUGUUCAAAUUUUUGUAUUUAUUCUAGCCAUGAUCCUAGAUCAUUCGAUAACGUCUAAGCCUAGCACAGGAUGUUGGAAAUAUGAGCUGGCAAAUGCUUUUUACAGAUUCGAAGUACUUUACGUUAAAAAAUGUUUGUUUUUCUUUAAUCAUUUGCUUUUUAAGUUUUAAUAUGAGUAAGCACCAGCCAUGAUGAAAGACAAAGAUAUUUAUGGUUAUGUUAACAGCUACGCUUUAGAUUGGUUCUCUUAAUUAGACAUAAAGAACUGGUUGAAUAAUAAACCCAUGGCCCCAU